AUGGCAGCAAAUAAUGUAACAUCACCAUACUUUCUGGCUUUAAAAAAUGAACCAAGCUCAAUUAUCAGAGUCAAGACAAGCAUAGCUGCAAUGGCUGUUAAUAAUAAUAAUGCCUUGCUUUAUUGCCCUGAAGGUAGUUUCUUGUUAAUUGAUGAAGAAGGUAAUGAGAUAUUAAAUAUUCAACGAGAAUUUAAAGUCUCCGAUAUGUGUUUUUCAUCGUUUUUAAAUCAAUUUCUUAUUCUCUCAUAUAAACCUGAUUACAUUCUUUAUUCGCUCGAUCCCUCUACGCACAAUCUGAAACAGAUUAAAAAAUUCAGUCGAACAAUAUGGACUUGUACAUGUUCGGAUAAGAUGUUUAUUGUCUCUGAAGCUGAUCUAGGUUCAAAAGUUGAAGUUUAUGAUUUGUCUGCAGAUCAUUGGAAUCCAGUUCAAACAUUCACAGCACCAUCAUCUUGUGAAGAGAAUCAACAGAUUGAAAAGAUCCGAUUCAAUAAUGAUGGUAGUCGUCUUGGAGUGAUUAUACGUCAAGGAAGUCAAAAUAACUAUUAUCAUUGGUUUGAAUUACGCCAUCCAAAUAAUAUGACCGUAAUUUUGACGACUAAGACUCGCCUCGGUAAUGAUCAAUGGUGUUGGCUUCUUACGUUACCAAACCAACAGUUUUUAGCAACUCUUUGGAGGAAGAAAAAAUUCGUCUUAUUCGAUUCACACGGGCAACUUCAAGAAACAAUAGAAUAUAAUUACAAUGUGAAUUAUUUAAAUUCAGCAGCAUUAGUUAAUGACAGAUGUCUGGUGGUACAAACGUGGAACCCUGAUGAACUACGUUUUUAUAAUUUAUGA